AGUAGGUUGUGGAGAGGUGAUGGUCUCACACUUACAAUUUGCGGACGACACUAUAUUCUUUGGGGAAGCAUCAGAGAACAACAUUGAGGUGAUUAAAGGCAUUAUGAGGACCUUUGAAAUGGUCUCAGGAUUGAAGAUCGAUUUCGCGAAGAGCCAAUUAAUGGGGGUGGGGAUUGAGGAAAGUUGGAGAGUUGAAAUGGCAUUCAGGCUUUGCUUUAAAGAAGGGGAUUUCCCAUUUAAAUACUUGGGAAUCCCUAUCGGUGGAAAUAAUAGAAGGGUAGCAAUGUGGCAGCCAAUGGUUGACUCUUUCAAAAGGAAGUUAACUAGCUGGAAGGGAAGGCAUCUUUCUAUGGGAGGUCGCAUCACGCUCAUAAAUUCAGUGCUAUCUAGUCUGCCUGUGUUCUUGAUGUCAGCCUACGUCAUCCCAAAAGAAAACAAAGAGGGUUUGUGGAAGAGCAUAAUUACUAAGAAGUAUGGUAAAGGAGGUGGUCACUGGCAGGAUUGGGUUAAAGAACACAGGGCAACUAGCUCAAUAUGGUGGAGGGAUGUGUGUAGCCUUAAUACAGUGGAUAGGGAAAAGGUGGGAUGGUUGACCGAAGGUUUUAGGAUUAGCAUAGGGGAGGCGGACGUGAAGAUUUCACAAGGAAAGCCUGAUGAGUGGGAGUGGGUUCACGACAAGGAUGGUCAUUAUUCAACAAAGACGGCUUACUCAUUGUUGACACAAGAGCAAAGAGGAUCAAGGGGAACUGAAAUCUUCAGAAGAAUAUGGAACCCUUUAUUUCCAAGCAAAGUUUCAGCAUUCAAUUGGCAACUGGUGCUAGACAGAAUUCCAACAAGGAUGAAUUUGUUAAGAAGAGGGAUUACUAAGGACAUGGAGGAAGGAAGGUGCGCUAUAUGCGGAGAAGCCGAUGAGAAUGCUGGGCAUCUAUUUUUAAAUUGCAAGUGUGCUCGUUGGAUAUGGAAAGCUUGUGCUAAAUGGUGGGGAGCUAAGAUAUUAUUCGGAACAGAUUGCUGGAACACUUUUCAAAAUUUUGGAGCAUGGACCAAGAAUAAACACACUAGAGAAGGAUGGGACUGUAUAUGGAAUACUGUUAUUUGGUCCAUAUGGCUAUCUCGAAACCAGAAAAUAUUUCAGGAUAAAGAGAUAAAUCUGGGGAAACUAUUUGAACUCAUCCAACUAAGAUCCUUCCUAUGGAUUAAAGCAACAAAUGACAGGUAUGCCUUCAGUUUAACUGAUUGGCUAAUUAAUCCUAUUAUUUGUUUGAAAGUCACAAAUGGUUCAGGAAGGCUUCAUUGAGAAUUUAACUGUCUGUAGUGUUGUUCUUGAUCUAUGGGGUUAUUUAAGUUGUAAUCAAUGCAUGCUCCAUGACUUUGCGUGCCAGUGGGUUUGACAAAUGGGAAGGUUUUGUGGAUCUGAACAGUGAUUUAUGAAGAAACUGCAAUAGUGGAC